AUGUAUAUCAAUCGAUUAUCCUAUGAAUUUCUUUUGCUUAUCUUAAUAUUCUAUGUUUAUAAAAUUCAAUCUGAAGAAAUUCUAUAUGAUACAAUUGUUUGUUUUGGUGAUUCAAGUUCUGAUACUGGAAAUGUUUAUAAUUUAACAAAUUCAAAAUGGCCUAUUGAUCCACCUUAUUAUAAAGGUCGAUUUUCCAAUGGACCAAUUUGGAUAGAAAAAUUAGGAAUAUCUAAUCUUAUUAAUUAUGCAUAUGGAAGUGCUACUACUGAUAAUAACUUAGUACAAGGUUAUACAGCAUUUAAUCUGAUGGUACCAGGUAUUCGUCAACAAAUAACUACAUACAAAAAUAUUACUGAUUUCAACAAGAUUAAUUUUAAUCGAAUAAUUUAUAUAAUAUGGGCUGGUGAAAAUGAUUAUUUUUUUAAUAUAACUUUAUCUGCAUCAAGUGUUGUUAAAAGUUUAAUUAAUGGAAUAAAUGAUUUGAUUCAAAUAGGUGCAAAACAUUUUCUUGUUGUAAAUCAAUCACCUAUUCAAGCAUAUCCAGCUGCUCAAGCUUUAAAUAUACCUGAUUAUUUAAAGACGCUUACAUUUGAUCAUAAUAAUAAUCUAUCAAAUUCAAUUCAAUUACUUCAAUCAAAUUAUUCAAAUAUAACAUUUAAAUUAUUUGAUGUUUACUCACUCAUUUCAAAUAUUCUUAUGAAUACUUCGACAUAUGGAAUUAACAGUACAACAAAUUGUUGGAGUACAUCAAAUUAUACUGUCGUUCACGAAUGUUCAACUCCUGAUACUUAUCUUUUUAUUGAUGAAUUCCAUUUUACUACUCGUAUACAUCAAUUAAUUGCUGAUAAUGCACGUAAAUUACUUAUAACAACGAAUGGAGCUAUUAAACUUCAUCAUUCUAUUUUUUAUAUUUUACUUUU